CUUGCUUGUGCUGCAGCGGAUGUUGUUGUUGUGUGGUGGUGGCCGGUGAAACUUCUGAUCCCUGUUUGAAGUUAUAUUUUUUUUCUACGUGUGCUUGUGCGCUUGUCAUUGGAGUUUUUCUCUCCGCGCUUCGUCUGGGCAGCGCAGCGUAGGGAACUGAUGAUGGCGGACUUUGAUGAGAUCUACGAGGAGGAAGAGGACGAGGACAGGGCCGUAGAGGAACAGCUGCUCAAGUACUCUCCGGACCCGGUGGUGGUGCGCGGAUCCGGCCACGUCACAGUGUUUGGACUUAGCAACAAAUUUGAGUCAGAGUUUCCCUCAUCAUUAACCGGAAAGGUUGCUCCAGAGGAGUUCAAAGCCAGCAUUAACAGGGUUAAUAGCUGCUUAAAAAAGAACCUUCCUGUCAAUGUGCGGUGGCUGCUUUGUGGCUGUCUUUGCUGCUGCUGCACUCUAGGCUGCAGUAUGUGGCCUGUCGUUUGUCUCACCAAAAGGACACGAAGAUCGAUCGAGAAAUUGUUAGACCGGGAAAAUAAUAGGUUAUACCACAAGCUGUGCUUGCACUGGAGGCUGAGCAAAAGGAAAUGUGAAAGAAAUAACAUGAUGGAAUAUGUCAUCCUAAUAGAAUUUUUACCGAAGACCCCAAUCUUCCGACCAGACUAGCGUUUGAUCUAUAUCAGAGACUCAUUUCAGUGUUUUCCUUCCAAUGGUGCCUUGCUUGGUACUGUUCUGAUGGUGAUAUAGAAAUGGUCUGACAAAACCUUGUGGUUUUGCCCUUUUGUGUUUUCAAUAGAACUGUUUACCACUUCCCAUCACUGCUUCCAAACCAUAGAUCCUGUUUUAUUCUCAAGUCUUACCCUGAUCAUCAUCUUGCUUUGUACUUGAACAGACCCUGAAACUGAAUAACCUAAAAGGAAACCGUUCUGCUUGCCUGAAACCUUGUACAAGUCAGCAGUUUGAUUUGUUUCAUCCUUGUAUAAUUCUGAUUGAAAAUAUUUUAAUGGGAAAACAUCUUGGUGUGUCCUUAUGUUUUCCAUCAUCUGUUAAACAUUCCCAUAGUUAAAUGUAUCUGUUUUCUACAUGCUAGCUUAUCUGACAUCAAAGAGCUCAUCUUUAUUUUAUAAUGAAAUCUUGUCAGCUGGUUCUGCAAAAGAUCUACCUUAUUCUUGGAAAUGUAAAUGAUUUUAUAUGGAAACAAAAUCAACAAAGGGUUUUGCAUGUUUAUGACCAUUGCUGAGGCUCAGGACCUUACAAUGCACUCUAGAAUGGAUAUCUUCUUUUUUCAGGUAGCUGCCAUAUUUAAUGGCUUUAAUUAUUUUGUUUGCCUUGUUUACUUUUUUGUAAAUGGGGGAGGGGGGUAAAAUAUCUUACAAAAACAGAUGUUUACUUUUUACCAGUAUAGUUUAGUGUAUAUACUGUAUAACAGUCAGCAGUACUGUCACACAUUGGUCUAUUGCUAAGCUCAAGUAUGUCAAGCAUUUUAUAUAUGUAAGAUAUAGUUAAAUAAUGUACCUUAAGGCAAAAACAGUACUGUAGAAUGUUUUUUUUGUUUUGUUUUGUUCUGGGGUUUUUUCCCCUAGAUAACAUAUGAACAAAUAUUUUUUCCCCCCCUCCAGUUUAGAUCAAUGUAUUUUUUCUUUUUUAUGUGUGGUAUUAACUUGGGUCAUGCCAGUAUUUAAUUUUUUUUUUUUUUUUUUUUUUUUUUUAAUGUAUUUUGUAACAAACACUAUCAGUUUUACUUAAAUGCUUUAAAUAUGAAUUAUGAAACACCUUAAUGUGGGGGAGAGUUGUAGCUAUAGCUUUUUAAAUGAUGGAUUAUUCAAAAAGGUCAAUCCAAUAAUCUUCAUUCACUGUAAUAGUUUUCAGUAAACAUUUCAACUAUUUAUGCAAAAAAAUGUCCUUUAUUGUUAUCCAGACUUUAAUACGUCUUGUUGAAAGAUGUUUUAUGCUUAUAGGAUGUCAUUGAUGUCAUUGAACUUUUUUUUUAAGCUUACUUCACAAACUUAUUUAAAUGAUUCAUAAACCCUACAUUGUGUUGGAUAACUUGGCCUAAAUUAUAGGAUAAUUGCUUUACUUUUAAUAUAUUUACUGGAUAGCUAUAUUCCGUUCUCCAGACAGUUUCCUGUGGCACUAGGGUUUGGUGCAUUUUACCUUGACAAACUUUGGUAUAUCAUUUCUCAAAUAGUGUUGCACCCCCAAGAGCAACUGCUGCGUGAAUUAUUAUAUACAUAUAAAUGUAGCAGUCUAGUGUUGGGGGAGCGACAUCAAUGUGGCAUUCUUGCUCUGAGGAUAUGCUAUAAAUAUUGCUUUACGACCAAAAUGUGUCCUAUUUACUAGAAGUCGUAAUGCAGUAAAUUGGUAUAAUGUGGUUAACAAAACCUUGAAUUUCUAAGAUUACGAUAUUUAAGUACUUCAACAUAAGCUCUACUGUAAUUAUGCUUUACAGUAUACUCCAGUGAAGCACCACACUGUUUUGGUUUAUGCAAACUUUAAAAUUUAAAAGAGAGGAACUCCAUUAAUCUUUGAGACCCUCUAAUGCAUAGAAAGUUUUGUUUUUAUUUUUUAUUUUUCACCCUAGCAAGUAUGAUACAUAUUAUACUGGAAUCCUAGUUUGAUGUACUGUAUUUGUUUUUUUUUCAUUGUGUUCUAGUUUAUCAAGGGACCUGGCCCAGGGAUGAAAUGCAUUGUUGUAUGGUUCUUUUAAGAUUAUUUAUGUUGUAUCACCGGUAAUAAAAUACAUUUUUCAGCAA